CUGCUCUGUUCUCUCUCUUUUCUCUCUCACCUUCUUCUCCGACGAGAUGCCGGCCACAAUGCAGGUCCAAUGUCAAGCUCUCAUCGGAGCUCUUACCCUAUCUUUUCUCUUCAUCUUCACCGGAGCUCACAACAUCACUCGGAUUCUCGCUAAGCAUCCCGAAUUCUCCACUUUCAACCACUAUCUCACCAUCACUCACCUAGCCGCCGACAUCAAUCGCCGCCAAACAAUCACCGUCUGCGCCGUUGACAACUCCGCUAUGUCAGAUCUCCUCUCCAAAGGCUAUUCCGUCUACACAUUACGUAACAUCCUCUCUCUCCACGUGUUCGCCGAUUACUUCGGUGCCAAAAAGCUCCACCAGCUCGCCGGCGGAUCCGUCACCACUUCCUCCAUGUUUCAAGCCUCCGGUACCGCAUCCGGAACAUCCGGAUACGUAAACAUCACCGAUUUCAAAGGCGGAAAGGUCGCAUUCGGUGCAUUAGACGAUACCGGCGACUACAAACUCACAUCGUCAUUUAUAAAAACCGUUCAAGAAAUGCCGUACAAUAUUUCCGUAAUUCAAGUCAGUCACAUCAUGGCCUCGCCGGAUGCCGAAGCACCGACAGCUCCUCCGGCGGCAAUUAACCUAACGUCGUUAAUGAGUGAGCAGGAAUGUAAAGCAUUCUCAGAUCUAUUAAUCGCAACUAAAUCAUUAUCGAUCUAUAAUCAGAAUCUAGAAGGCGGAUUGACGGUUUUCUGUCCGUCCGAUGCCGCGAUUGAAGAUUUCAUGCCGAAAUACAAAAACCUAACCGCGGAAGGGAAACAAUCGUUGGUACUAUUCCACGCCUGUCCGAUUUAUCAAUCAAUGCAGAAUCUGAAAUCAAACAACGGAUUGAUAAACACACUGGCGACAGACGGAAAGAGUAAGUACGAUUUCGAUAUUCAGAACGACGGACAGGCGGUGACGUUGAAGACGAGAUUGGUGAGGGCGACGGUUACGGGGACAUUGAAGGAUCAAGAACCGCUGGCGCUGUAUAAGAUCAAUAAGGUGUUGCAGCCGAGAGAAUUGUUUAAGGGAGUUGGGGAGAAGGAUGAUGAGGCGGAUAGUCCGGCGGAAUCUCCGAAGGCGGCGCCGAAGAAGAAGAAGGGGAAAGCGGCGGCGAAGGAGGCGGAUGCGGAUGCUCCGUCGCCGGAUACGGAUGAUUCGGAGGCGGCGGAUCAGACUGCGAGUGGGGCGUUUUGGAUCGGAUCGGGUUGGUGGAUGACAGCAGGUAUGGGUUUGGGUUUGUCGGUGGGAGCGUCGGUGCUUUUAAGCGUGUGAUUUUUUUACUUUUUUUUGUUUAUUUAUUUUGGUUGAAAUUAUUCCAUUAUCAUGGACAGUUGGUUGAAAAAGAUAUUAGUUUAUUAUUAUUAUUCUGUUGUGGUGGGUACGGGGACAAAUUGCAUGCCUUCUGGAAAAUAAAAAUAAAAAAUAAGGGUCCCACCUUCUCUUUAGGUUUUUUUUUUUUUUGGAGGGGGUCUUUAUUUUGUAAAAUUUGUAUGAUCUUUUGUGUGUGCACAAGUUUGAGUUAUGUAUAUUUCAUUGGCUUAUAUUAUAGAAAUAUAUUGUUU